AUGAUGUCUAUGCGAACUAUCGCGCGCUCUGCACCCCGGACUCUGACCCGUCUUAGCAGUGCAGCCCUUAGACAAUCGGUAGCCAGACCCAGCAUCCUGCUCAAGUCAACAUUGGCACCCCUCAGAUCUUCCCAACUCACAUCUUCCUUCUCUACGACACAAUUCCGGAGAGCGCCGGCUGGUGAGGUCGACGAGGAGCUGUCGGUGAAGCUAGAGAGCGAGCUCCAGUUCGAGGGCGAGAUGAAGGAGAACGAGCAACUGCCCGCAAGCGUCAAGGACUUUCUGGAGAAUAGCCCCUUCGAGCUCAUUGACACCCCCGGCAAGGAGGAUGUCAUUCUCAAGCGCAAGUUUGGCAAUGAGACCAUCACCGUUUCCUUCUCCAUUUCCGACCUUGCCAACUACGAGCCUGAUAUGUUCAACGAGGAUAACGCUCUUGCCGACGAAGAACUUGAGGGCCCCGAGGCGCGCACCGCCGAGGCAGAAGCCGAGGAGGGUCUCGAGGGCGAGGAGGAUGCUGAUGCCGCCGUUCCCUGCCGCCUCAACGUUGUGGUAGAGAAGGACGGCAAGGGUGCCCUCAACAUCGAAGCCGUUGCUCAGGAUGGCCAGAUCCUGGUCGAGAACUUCUACUACUACAAGGACGCCAAGCUCGCCCACGGCGAGUCGGCCGAGAUCUCCCACCAAGCCCAAGACACCUACCCCGGUCCUCCCUUCGGCAGCCUGGACGAGGACCUUCAGAUGCUGAUGGAGCGCUACUUGGAGGAGCGUGGUGUUACACAGGCUAUGGCCGUCUUUGUGCCCGACUACAUGGACACCAAGGAGCAGAAGGAGUACCAGACAUGGUUGAAGGAUGUCAAGCAAUUCAUUGACGCUUAA